AUGAAACGAGAUUACCCACAACAUGAUUACACCUUCUUUAAUGGUUGUAGUUCCACUUCUGCCUCCACCAUUGCCGCCUCUGCUUCUGGUUUUUUAGAUGUGAUCAGGAAAUCAAAGCUAUGGGAUAAGGUUGAAGAGCAAGAUGUCAAUAUUGAUGAGCUGUUGGCGGUGCUUGGUUACAAAGUUAAGUCGUCUGAUAUGGUUGAUGGUGGGCAAAAGAUAGAGCAUUUGGAGGGUGUUUCGGGGACCGAUGAUGAGUUGUCUCAGCUUGCUUAUGAUUAUGUUCAUUAUAACCAUUCAGAUCUAUCGUUGUGGCUUAAAUCAAUUAUCUGUGAGUUGAACCCCAUAAAUCAACCCUAUGUUAUUGAUGAUUCGUUUGUCAACAAAACCGCCUCUAUAACUUCGAUGGUUGUGGAAUCGUCUUCUCUGUCGAUUGGUGCCUCCUCCUCGUACAAUCAUAACCCAAUUGUUCUCUUAGAUACACCUGAAAACGAGAUCCGACUUGUUCGUACUCUGAUGGCUUUGCUAACUUGUUCAUACUCUGAUGCUUGCUCCAAAGCUGUCAAGCAAGACGAGAAAGGAUGGGGAAGACAGUGGAAACAUGGAGGGAGGGUGCAAUGGGGUGGGUGGAGCCGUCCUUUUGUUUUUUUAAUUAUAUAA